AUGAAGUUCUCCGCUGCCGCUCUUAUCUCUGCCGCUGGCCUUGUUGCCGCCCAGGUUGCCAACGUUACCCUCGUCUCUACCGAGACUGUUGCCUCCACCCUCCUCCUCACCACCACUCACUGCUCUGACACCCCUUGUCACGCUGAGACUGAGGCCCCCAAGCCCGAGCCCAAGACCGUCACCCUGACCACCACUGACGUCAACGGUGUUACCAUCACCACCACCUUCUGCCCCGAGACUGAGCUCCCCACCCCUGCUCCCGUCCCUGCCAACUCUACCGUUGUGCCCGUCGGCCCCAAGACCAUUACCCUCACCUUCACUGAUGUCGAGGGUAAGACCGUCACCACCACUUUCUGCCCCGAGACCGAGACCGCUGUUCCCACCAUCCCUCUCACUCUUCACACUGUUCCCGUGGAGUCCAUUGUUGUUCCUCCCCACCAGAACACCACCGUUGUUCCCGGACCCGUCCCCACCGCCUCCAAGCCCGUUGUGCCUGAGGUCCCCGCCGGAAACUCCACCUCCACCGUUACUUCCAUCACCCGUGUUACCCUUACCCCCGUUCCCCAGGUUCCCGAGUCUACUCUCCCCGAGCAGGCUAACGGUGCCGGUGCUCUCGCCCCCAUGGCCGGCCUGGCUCUUGCCGGUGCCAUUGCUGCUCUCAUCUAA